AGGCCCAACAAGCUAUGAAUGCAACGCUGUGGCUGGUUUUGGUUUCAACUCUUCCAAGCUAACAAAAUUUUGUUAACGAAAAAAUUGUUUAAGAUGUCAAAAGCUGAUCAGGAUCCAAAUGGUUCGCUUAGCAUAAUGGAGCAAAUUAAGAUCCUGAUCAAGCCGCCGCCAAACGAGGAGGAGAAACUAAUACAGCGCACCACGAAUACCAAGCAUCCAUACUAUAGGCGUCCUGGACGCGGACAUAACCACGACCUGUGCGAUGCUUGCGAGGAGGGCGGGAACUUGCUUUGCUGCGACCGUUGCCCCUCCAGCUUUCAUCUUCAGUGCCAUGAUCCACCACUCAACGAAGAGGAUAUACCUAGUGGGCAAUGGUUAUGCCACAGUUGUCGUAUGGCCAAGGUUUCGCAGCCCACUUCCUCUUCCAAGGCCAGCUCCGUCGAACGUGUACCCUCGGGGGGCAGUGGGUCUCGCGCAAAUACCCCAUCCUCCGGCGAACUGGAAUCCAUACCACUGAAGAUCCGUAACUUGCGAAAGCGCAGCAAUAGUGAACGUAAUAGCACCGAAAAGUUGCUCUCCAAGAUGCCAUUGGCCAUACAGCGUGCACUCGAUCCGAACCGAAAGCCGACUCCAUUGGACGACGUAAUACGUGCCGCCAGCAUGCUGAAUCCCCAGCAGUUCUCGUUGCCACCUGAGUUGGAGCUGCACACCCAGUUUCCGGGCAAUGGUAAAGUACAGCCGGUGCAGCAGCCGCACACCGGCCCCGGCAACGGCCAUCGCAAGCCAAACAGUCAGCGACGCUACUCCAAGCCAUUUGAAUUGGAUGCACAGGGAUUGGUGCCUUUGCCGGCCAAGACGUGCUUUUAUUGCACGCGCAGUUGUAAGCGAGCUCCGCUCAUAUCGUGCGACUAUUGUCCGCUAUAUUAUCAUCAGGAUUGCCUAGAUCCACCGCUGACCGCACUGCCCGCUGGCCUCUGGAUGUGCCCUAAUCAUGUAGAGAACUUCAUAGAUGCCAAUAUGACGAACAGCAUUUCGGCCACGGAACGAGUGCGACUGUGGAACCGCUUCCAUCAACCUCUGGAUCACGAGAACGUCAAGAUGGAGUUUUUUAGGCGUGUGAACACACGACAUCCACCAUUCCGUAUGAAGUUGACUAUGCGCGGUCGCGCUCACAUCGAUGUGCCGGCCAUAGUUCGUUACCAUUACGAGCAUCCGCCGGCUCUGCUGCCUUCGAUGAGGCAAACGUUACGGUAUGAUCGCGUGAAGAGGCGCAAACAAUUACCCACUGCUGUGGAGGACAUCUCCAGGGAGAGUGUCACCGAAUCGCUGCUCAAGGAUCUGGAGGCUUUGCGCUGUGCACGCGCCAAAUUUCGCGAAAUACAAAAGGAACUGGGCAAUGCCCAACUCGAUGGCAGCCUCAGCGACAGCGACACAGAGAGCGUCACCGAACAGCAGCAACAGCUGCAGGAGAGCAACGGUUUGGUUGGGUCACCCAAGUCGGACGCCAUUGAUGAUCGAACCGCAGAUAGUCAAAAUGCAAACAAUGAGCAUAAUGAGUGUAUAAAGCAGCAGGCAGCGGAUCAGUCCAAGCUAUCAAAUAGUGGCCAUGGCCAGGGCCUGGAGCUUAGCUACGAGGAGGAUGAGGAGGAGUGUAAAUCGAAUGUUAUAAUCGAUGCGGACCUGUGUCAUUUGGAUGUGGACCUCAUCAAGAAGCUGGCACAUCAACGAUUGCAGCAGCUAGUCCAGGAACAUCCAGAGAUCGUAACGCAGUAUAAAAAUCGCACGGCCGCACGACGUCUGCGGCAACUGUCGACGGCCAUUCAGCCGGGCAACCAGAAUACAGCGCUGCAGGGCGAUCUGGCGCCGGAAGAUAUGCGUCGUUUCUCUUUGCUCUUCACCAGUGAAACAUCCUCGAUUCUUGCACAAAAGAACGGCAAUGCCGCCGACGAGGAUCCAAUGAUGGCGCUGCAUCCAGCGCUGGCCACAGCCGCAGCCAUCGCUGCAGCAGACACCGCCGCCGAGAGCUAUGUGCCACGCGAGCGCAGCGAUACAGAGAAGGCCUACGAGCUGGCCUCGCGGUUAGAGCUAAAGCUGCUGCAGUGCAAGGUGCGGGCGAGGGCGGUCCUUACACCGCUUGGUGAUAUGCUCGAAGAUAGCCGUUGGUUUAACGCCCUGGGCCUGGAGCAAUCGAUAUUUAUGCGUUAUCGCACACUGUACAUCGGCUAUGGCGGCCAUUAUACGCCUUCGACGACGUUGGCGCACACGGAAACUGUAGAUCUAUCGGCAAUUGGAUAUUGUUCGCGCAUCUCGCCACAGCAUGCGAUUAUCUUCUACGAUGAGUUCACUAAAUCAUAUGAGCUUAUUAACUAUUCCGAGUUCGGCACAGAGGUUAAUGGCCAGCUAUAUACGUGCGAUCUAACCGAAUACGCGCCGACGCAUGCCGGCAAACGCAUGCGUCCGGAUGAUGCCGAGUUGAAGAGACGCGUCGAUGAUCUGCUUGAUAAGCGGCGGCACAUACAACGUCAGUAUAACGAGCCCAAACGUGAGACACACGACAGACUGGCUCCCAUUGUAAAGCACGCCUGCCGCUGCCAAACCGCCGCACCCGCGCCCAUGGUGCCAGGCGCCUGGGAAGGCUCCGCUGUACUGGCCCAUGGCACUCUCUUACGUUUCGGUUGCCUCUCGUUCGUCUUCUCAGUGCCAUCCACGGAUAUGAUGAACGGGCGACUGAGCAAUGCCAAGUGAAGGACGUAAACCUAUCGCCAGUACCACAUAUAAGAGCUUCAUAUAAUAUACUCCAAGCAGCAGCUAACACAGAUGCAAACAAUCCAAUCUCAGUGAUCGAGAAAUCACACACAGGCAGAGGACCUAAAUGCCAGGAAUAUUCCAUCCCCCCUCCAUCACCUCCACCACCACAGCAACAACAACAAAAGAAAACAUACCUAGAAUUUAACUUAAGUUUGGGCUGCCAAGCCAAGGGCUCAAUCUAAAAACCGUACGAAAAAGACAGAGAAAGAGAAAGAUAGCAGUUAGAGCGUAAGUGUGAGUGAGAGAGAGUAUUGGGUAAACUACAAGCUCUACCUUUGGUAGCUACAUAUACAUUAAGAUAGAUUGCAUUAUAGAACAUUUUUAUUACAUGUUUUUAAUACUAGAAGUAUACUCUAAAUCGUCGUGGUUCUUUCUCAUUCAUUAUUUAAUCAUCAACAUCUUCCUCUUCCAUCUGCGGUAGUUGUAUAAAGAGCAUAACAAAUAAACGAAAAAGAGAGAGAGAGUUGUAAGGAAAUGGAAUUCGUUAUGGAGUUCAUAUUUCUUUUAUCUAAACUGGGUUUAAAACAAAAAAAAACAUACAUAUUGAGUAUCGUGUAAAUUUAGUUCACAUAUUGUGCAAAACAGAAUAAUUAUAAUAAAAAUAAUAAAUUAAAUAACAUUUAAGAGCAAACAAAUG